UCUGUACCUGGAGGGAGAGUGAAGGCGUCCAGUUACCUGAGCUGACUCCAGGGAUUCAAAUAUCUCAUACCUGCGUGUCUGGGCCUCUGCUGGGGGGUGGCUGUCACUUGUAGUGGUUUGGGUUACUUGGGGCCUAUCUGGGCAUUUCCUGGGGCCUACAGCCCUCACCCUGUCCUUGAAAUGGUUUUGGCUGGAUAGCAGCCUCUAGGUGGUGUGGGUAAAAUUUGGGACUGGUUUUGGGCGGGGACAGGACUGAGAACACAGGUUUCCUUGUUUCUGGGGAGAGGAAGGGCAGGAAGAAAUUGGAGACCCCAUCCCCCACCUGGUCACUGUUGUUCCAUAGUCCAUGAUGGCGUGUUCCCCAGUGCUCCUUGGUGUCAUCCUCUUCCUGACUGCCUUUCCAGGGUCUACUGUCACAGGCCGUUCCAUGCCCAAACUGGCUGAUCGGAAGCUGUGUGCUGAUGAGGAAUGCAGCCACCCCAUAUCCAUGGCUGUGGCCCUUCAGGACUACGUGGCUCCUGACUGCCGUUUCUUGACCAUACACAGGGGUCAAAUUGUCUAUGUCUACUCAAAGCUGAAGGGCCGAGGGCGGCUCUUCUGGGGAGGCAGUGUUCAGGGUGAUUACUAUGGAGACCUGGCUGCUCGCCUAGGCUAUUUCCCCAGUAGCAUUGUUCGGGAGGACCAGACUCUGAAACCUGGCAAAAUUGAUGUGAAGACAGAUAAAUGGGAUUUCUACUGUCACUGAGCUCAACCUACCGCGAUUCCUGCUGUUUUCCCCUCCUGGCCCUAUGCAAAUACAUUAGUUAGUGCAAA